AUGGCAGAAAAGGAGCAGCAACAAGCGUAUCCCCUGGCCCCUGCCAAUGGCUACGCCCGAAGCGAUGCCGAGGCGGGCAUGGCCGAUUCCGAAGAGCUCCGCCGCCAAAAGCGCAAGAAAUUGUUGCUAUAUAUUGCAGCUUUCGUCGUCUUCCAAACAGCCAUCAUAGUGUUGUUUUCGCUAACCGUGAUGAAAGUCAAAACUCCCAAAUUCAGGGUUCGCUCUGCCACGUUCGGCACUUUUGAUGUUCAACCAACCAACCCUUCAUUCGCCUUGAAUGUGAACGCUCAAUUCGGGGUCAAGAACACCAAUUUCGGCCCGUACAAAUACGAUAGCAACACGGUUUACUUCUACUACAAUGAUAUUCAAGUUGGGAGUGCAGUUAUCCCCAAGUCAAAAGCAAAUUUCCUGUCUACCAAGAAAAUCAACGUUGCAGUGGAUCUCACAUCAGCUAAUAUAUCGACCAAUACUAGUUUGGCAAGUGAUUUAAAUUCGGGAACUUUGCCAUUGACCAGCAGAUCCAGAUUGAGUGGAAAGGUGGAGCUAAUGUUAAUUUUCAAGAAGAAGAAAUCCGUCGAUAUGAAUUGCACCAUGGAUGUCAAUAUAUCAACCAGAGAACUCCAGAAUGUGAAGUGCAAGUGA